AUGUCGUUGACUUUGGAUCCCGGGCCUGGUAUAGCAGCUCUGCAAGCAUGGGGUGGCCAAGUAGCGGCGUAUGGUGCCUCCAACCAAACCGUCGUUGACAAGGUGCCACCAGAUAUGCUUCAUAUGGUCGAUCCUCACUGGUACCAGUUUCCUCCUAUGAACCCGCUAUGGCACGGACUCUUGGGAUUCACAAUCGGCGUUCUUGGUUUUAUCUCUAUUACUGGCAACGGAAUGGUCAUCUACAUAUUUAUGUCAACGAAGAGCCUUAAAACUCCAUCAAACUUACUUGUGGUGAAUCUUGCUUUCUCCGACUUCCUUAUGAUGUGCUGUAUGUCUCCGGCUAUGGUGGUUAAUUGUUAUAACGAAACGUGGGUAUGGGGUCCUCUUGCGUGUGAACUAUACGCGUGUGCUGGAUCUCUAUUUGGGUGUGCAUCUAUUUGGACCAUGACUAUGAUUGCUUUCGACCGCUACAAUGUAAUCGUGAAAGGUAUAGCCGCCAAACCAAUGACCAAUAACGGAGCUCUUCUACGCAUCCUCGGCAUCUGGGCGUUCUCGCUUGCAUGGACUCUCGCUCCUUUCUUCGGCUGGAACCGAUAUGUACCUGAAGGCAACAUGACUGCUUGUGGCACUGACUACUUGUCCAAGGAUUGGUUCAGCCGAAGUUAUAUCCUGAUCUACUCCGUCUUCGUGUAUUUCUUGCCUCUCCUCCUCAUCAUCUACUCUUAUUUCUUCAUUGUACAGGCUGUAGCAGCUCACGAAAAGGGAAUGAGGGAACAAGCUAAGAAAAUGAACGUGGCUUCUCUUAGGUCUUCUGAGGCAGCAAACACAAGCGCCGAGUGCAAAUUGGCAAAGGUGGCUCUAAUGACCAUUUCUCUGUGGUUCAUGGCGUGGACACCCUACCUAGUGAUUAACUACACGGGUGUCUUCGAAAGCGCACCCAUCAGUCCUCUUGCUACCAUCUGGGGCUCUCUCUUUGCCAAAGCUAACGCUGUCUACAAUCCUAUCGUAUACGGCAUCAGCCACCCGAAGUACCGCGCUGCUCUGUACCAGAAGUUCCCGUCACUAUCGUGCCAGGCGUCGCCAGACGAGAGCGGCUCGGUGGCAUCCGGUGCCACAGCCGUCUCCGAGGAGAAACCUGCGGCCUAA